UGUACUGACGGAGAAAGAUCCAUAGUCCCCUCCCUGAUUUAAUCGUGGGGGACAAUUGGAAAAUUCAGUAUUUAUGGUUUUCAGUGGUUUUGUCUUGAUGUAAGGCAUUUGGAAAUGGGUCAAGGUGCAGAAUUUGGUAUUGCUAGAAUGAAGAAAAAAACACCGGCCUCGACAUAUAAUAGUUUAGUUAUUCGGCAAUAUUGUUCCUAAGGACGUCCUAAUACUGUUUCCUCUAUCCUCAAAUAUAGUGUGUUUUGACAGCGGGGAAGCGGUGCAGCGCCUCGGGUCUCUCUGCGAUGAAGUGGGACGGGACGGGGAGGGGAUAUUAAUCGAGGGCGAGGUUCGCAGUUGAGACAGAAAAACGUAGUGGGAAACAAAGCAAGGAUAUCAGACAUGAAUUCAUCUUGGUAACAUUUACAUAGGCCUACGUUAUGUUUUCAUUGCCAAAGCAAUUUUUCAUCCACAUGGAUGCUGUGUGCACGGCGCCUGUAUUGUGCUAUUGAGGACUCGUUGGAAAUACAAUAACCGGAGUGAAGGUGAAGCAACGUUUUUUAUUGAAACUAUACAUUCCGUCUAUACAUUUGCAACCUGUUCUGUUAAAUGCUCAUCAUCGGUGGAUUGCUGAUCUGAGACAAUAACGACUAGGCUAUAGCCUACUAUUUUGAAAUCAUCACAUACUGCACAUGAUAGUGCGCUUCCAUUAUUGAAUCCGUAUUUUCUUUAUGAUUGAAUAUUUCUGGCCUAUAAUAAAAGCAGCAGAAGUUUUUUUUCUUAUUUUUUUUUUUCUUAAAUAGACAUUGAUAAAGAGGUAGACAAUGAACGGGCUCCAGUCGAGUCCUCCUGGAUGGCCAGGCAGCGUCUGUUCAAUCGAAGGACUACCCGCUUUGCCAAAAGGCCUGAACGGCAUCCUUAACUCCAGUGGUGGCUCAUGGAGGGACAUCGAAAAAGUCCACAGUAAACGGACAAGCCUUCAGGUCGACAUCAGCAAGUCUAGCGUGAUCGACUCUCUCGGCCGCAGCAAGCCUGCACGUCUGGACGCAACGCUGCGCAAAGAAAUGGUGGGCCUCAGACAGUUGGACAUGUCUCUGCACUGUCAGCUGUGGUCUCUCUAUGAGUCCAUCCAGGAGUACAAGGGAGCCUUUCAGGACAUCUCCAACUCUCUGCUGUCAGAGAGCACCAUCACUACAGAAAAUGGUUACUCUGAGGAAGAGGAUUAUUAUGAAGAGGAGGAGGAGGGCAACUAUGGUGAUAAUGUACCUCAGGAUCUACCUGGCACUUCACUGACUCUCCAGCCAACUCAAAACUCCCGGGACCAAUUGAUCAAAGAGUCUUUCCACAUUCCCUUAUAAACCAACUAAUAUUUUUCCUCUGUUUACAUAAUAUAAGCUGUUUCCUGUUCUGUAUAGCCGUUUAAUUAUUUAUUAUACUUGUACCCAACUAGCUAGGUUAUUGGCAGAAGGACAUUUUGAUGAUCUAUCUCCAUCACAAAAGGAGCUGACAUUUUCUCCAACAACCUUGUUACUAUACAAUACAUCAUUAAAAAGACCUUGCUAAUUGA